UACCAUGGUGAGACGCACAAACAGCGCUCUCAGGGUCUGUGCAGAGUUGAGGUAUAAACAAAACCAUAUCAAGUGCAAUUAAAUUAUAGUAAUUAUUUAAGCCUCAGACUAACCGGGCUGUUGCUUAUCAAACAGCGGCGUAAUGCAAAAGAACGUGAGUACAAUGACAUCAGAGGUGGAUGAGGAAAAUAACGCGGUUGGAAGGUGUUUACUAGGAAACUGGGUUGAGGAGAGGGCUACUGCAUUGCUAGACAGGACCAAGCCUAGAUUAUGCGUUCAUAAGUACGGACACACAGGGAUUCUUACCAUGGACGUGACUGCUAAAGUACAGGGGAUCAGUACAUUCAAAGCUACUUUCAAAUCUCCUAAAAGCAUUGGUGUGCGACAAAAAGGAAACCGGGCUGAACUGUUGGAAAAUGACCUCAUCAAAAGAAUAAGUGAUCAGAUACAGGCUGAGAUGAACAUAGAGCCUCUGGCCCCUGAGUUGUGCUCUGUGACCAAAGCAGACUACAAGGUGGAGGGCUUUAAGUCUGUCCGUGCACCACUGACCACGGAUCAUGAUUACACAGCUGAGCAAGCUAUCACAUUUUGGAGUGAUAACUAUCAGAAUAUUCAGGGUGUGACAGCAGUUAAAACUAAGGAUCAACCAUUUAAAAGAAAUGCCACUUUUAGUACACCAAUUGGAGAUCAGCUCGACGACACAGUGCUGUACCCAUCAGAGAAUGAUGCUUUGUGACGAAUGUAAAAAAUAUCCAGAUUUGAUCAUUUCUUCUAUGCUCUUUCAUGUCAUCAUUUUUGCUGAGUUUAUAACCAGCAAUAAGGUUGUGUAAUAUUUUCCAUGCCAAGUAUGCCCUCCUGACUUCACAAAUGUUUUAAUGAAGAGCAAGUGACUAGUUAAUUAUUCUCUAAUAAAAUAAAUGUACUUGUCUUUGCA